GAUAGGUGAUAAGAUGGAGCCAGCUAGGAAGAGGAGGAUUUCCCCUGUGUGGGAACACUUUGAUUUGAUAACUCCUAAUAAGGUGCGGUGUUUAUUGUGCUCCAGGGAGUUGGGGUACAAUAACAACACCUCAUCCAUGCUAAGGCAUUACCGUGCCUUGCAUGAGAAUAAGGAGGAAACUGGAGCUUCACCCAGCCAUGCCACCAGAAAACAAGAGCUGAAUGAAGCCCUCGUCUCCAUGAUAGUGAAGGACACACAGCCUUUCACUGUUGUGGAUGAUGUUGGAUUCAGGGCAUUUGUGUCCAAACUGGAUCCUAAUUAUGUUAUCCCUACAAGGCAGGCUCUGAAGGCCAUGGUGGAGGCCAAGUAUGAGUUGGCUAAGGAGAAGGCUAAGGCUAAAAUGGAAACGGUGGUUGCUGUUAGCCUUACGUCUGACAUGUGGACAUCCAUCAAUAUGGAUGCCUACCUGGCAGUAACAUGCCAUUUCGUGGGUGAGAAUACCAAGCUCAGUUCAGUGCUGUUAGGAGUGCAGGCAUUCCCCCAAUCACACACUACUGAAAAUAUAGCUCGUGUGAAAGCCUCCUUGAUGGAGGAAUGGGGAAUCACUAAUAAGGUGACAUGCAUGGUCACUGAUGGUGCUCCCAAUAUGGUUGCCUGUGUGAGAGAGCUGAAGCUUCGGCACCAUAUUUGCAUUGCGCACACACUCAAUCUGAUCGUGAAGAAGGCACUUGACCAGCAGCCUGUGCUCUCUGGCAUCCGGGCCAAAGCACGGAAGCUGGUUGGCUUCUUUAGAAGCAGCACCACUGCUAAGCUUACACAAGUGCAACUUCAUCUGGGGAUGGCUAACAUGAAGCUUAUGCAAGAAGUGGAGACCAGAUGGAACAGCACGGAUUUGAUGCUCCAACGUUUGAUGGAGCAAAGGGAGCCAGUAGGAGCAGCGUUAGCUGGUUUACAACAUGACGUCCCCUUCUUAACAGCAGAAGAAUUCAACAUUGUUGGGGCGUGCCUGUCUUUGCUGUCUCCCUUCUUUGAUGCCACUGUAGAGCUGUCGGCAGAGGAAAAUGUGUCUGCCUCCAAAGUUGUUCCCCUCGUGAAGAUGCUGGAGCACACCCUUCCGGAGGAAAUGACAAAGCCAGCACCUGCAGCCGCAUUAGAAAUGGGAAACCAGCUCAUCAGGCAACUCCGGGAGAAGCUGUACACUUUGCAGUCAAUGAGCAUAAUGUCUCUUGCUACCCUCCUGGAUCCCCGAUUUAAGGUAGCAAACUGGCAUUGUUUGGACACCAGCGUCAUGGAGGCACAGAAAACUCAAAAUGUAACAGCAGAUGCCACUGGAGGUCCAGCGCUACCUAUCUGA